CAGAGUUCGAACCACGCUCUGCUACAAAAGGCGAGAUUUACUGGACUUCGCAUCAGCCCUUUCUUGCUGAAUCCGGAUACAAUCUUCGAGCAAAGUACGAGCCCGGAUCGAAGCCACCACAAUGGAAGAUGAGGGGAGAUAUGAUAUGUAGCGAGGACUACACUCCUUAUGCGCAUGACGCGAUCAUGGAUGCAAAGCGCGCGUCUGAUGGAUGUCUGCUCACACUCAAAGCCAUCUCCAAGUCGAGGCACCCUCACGAAGUCUCGAUAGUUUGUUUCCUGAGGGAUUCAGCCCCGUCAGUCCAUGGUUAGCACCCGACCACUCUAGUUUAAGAAAGGCAAAACAUAUUGCUCGGACUCAAUGUUGGCCACGGUAUUACAUUGUCGACUUUGGCAUAUCACGUCAAUACGAUCCUUCCAAUGAGCCGCCGAUGGAACCUCCAAUUAGCGGUGGCGACAAACACCCGCCAGAGCAUUCGAUCAUCACCGUCAACACUCCUUGGGUUGAUAGCUGUAAUCCUUUCCCAACAGACGUGUAUUAUUUGGGUAGUAUGUUGAAAAGGACCUUCUCUGUGGACACUUUCCCUCCUCUAAAGUUCUUAUCUUCUCUUAGUGACGAUAUGAUCCGAUGGGACCCUAACCUGCGGCCUACCAUAGGAGAAGUCGUCCAGCGCUUCGCCGAGUUGUGCAACAGCUGGACUACGUGGCAGUUACGCCAGCCGGGAUGUCCAAAACGUGUUACGCUCGGUCAAAAGCUCAGACGGCUAAAGUAUAUCAUAUGUCCUGCCAUGAAUUCUUAGAAACGCUCUGAAUACACUUUGAAAUUAUCUUUUUAUUCACUGAUGACUGCCGUGUGGUAGCGGUUAGACGUGCACACGACCUUGUCGGACCGAGAACUGAAGGUUUUUCACGGCCCCCAUAUUGAUCGUAUGAUCGAAGUCCUCAUGGUUAACACGCACCAGUUUCAGCAGCAGCAGGGGUGAGGAUGCUACAGUUGAAUCGCUUUCGGUGGAAGGUCAAGGUUUCGGAAAGAAUCGGGGACGUGAUAACUACGAAAAUCUGACGUGAUUAUCACGUGUCCGCGUCCUGCUUUACGCCACCAAGUGCACUACAGUAGUCACUACAGAAGGAGCCUUCUAUAAAUGUCACCUUUUACUCAUUACUCUUAGCA